CUGAGAGUCGGGGACCUUCUCGGUCAAGGGGCCUUGGGAGAAGUAAGGAGGGGAGAGCACGAAGGGAGCCCUGUAGCCUUGAAGACUGUGUGCUCAGAGCUUGACCUUGGUUCCGAGGAGGGCAAGACACUGGUGAAGGAGAUCGGGAUGAUGAGCCAUGCAUUCAGGCACCCGAACAUAGUGGAGUUUUACGGCAUCUACGAGCACAACGGUCUGCCAUGGCUGGUCAUGGAGCUGAUGGUUGGAGGGAGCCUCGAGCAGUACUACCAGGUCAAGAAGAAGUCCCGACGAGGAUGGCAACCCAAGUUGGAGAGGGCCAUGUCAUGGGUAGGAGACAUUCUGAGUGCGCUAGCAUUCCUGCACUCUCAACAGCCGCCAGUGAUCCAUCGAGAUAUCAAGCCGGCAAACAUGCUGCUCACCGCAAAUGGCAAGACCCUCAAGGUCGGCGACUUCGGGCUAAGUCGCAACAUGAUCAGCCUCAAUGCACACCACGAGCUGACAGGGGUGAAAGGCACAUUCCGGUACAUGGCUCCUGAAAUCUUCCGCGGUGAGCCCAGGUACACGGCAGCGGUGGACGUGUACUCUUUCUCACUGGUGAUGUGGUACAUCUUCGCGGGAGAGCAUCCCUUUAGUAACGUCGACGGCUUCUCAGUCGCUAGCAUGGCAGCCAAGUUCAACUUCCGUCCUGCAGUCCUGAGCGAGCGAAUCAUGCCAAAGAUUCUGCAGGAGAUGAUGAUCAUGUCAUGGGCGGAGACGGCGGAGGAGAGGCCAAGGGCGGAAGAUCUUCUAUUAGAUCUGGAG